CGAAAGUCACACAAGUAUUCACGUCCGUCGGGAGACCACAUUUAUUGACAAUUUCCUAUAAAAUUCCCUCUUAAAACCAGCCGUUUGUUAAGUUAAAACGUUGACAAUAAAUCGAGUGAAACAGUGAUAAAAACAAAACAAAAUAACAUCGUUACGCAAGUAAAUUGUAACCACAGACAAUAAUAUUAUGAAUACAACAACAGCAAGAUCGGUAACGAAUACUAAGGAGUUCCGCUAACUAUAAUUAGCGAUAAUUAAGAAGUAAACCAUCGAUUUGUUUGUGUGAGGACAUAAGGGAAAGUAAACAAUAAGUACUCAAGAUCGCAGAUUUCGUACGAAGCUAAUUAAAUAGAAAAAUAAAACAUGCCGACAUCCGUGCACGAAAACGUUGCUCUCCUCAACAUGAUGUCUUCGGAUAAUUACGAAGACGAUCUCAAAAGUGUUCAACUGCAUUUUCCAUCCGAAAGACGUUUGCAAAGUGACGGCGCAUGCGUGGAGGAGAGGGUGCGGACUUCCCGCGGCGACAUCCUCGUUGCCGUACGAGGGGACCGCAGCAAACGAGCUAUAAUCACUUAUCAUGACCUUGGACUCAAUUAUGCCGCCAACUUUCAGGCGUUCUUUAACUUCGUCGACAUGAGAUCAAUUCUGGAACAAUUUUGCAUCUACCACGUAAACGCUCCUGGCCAAGAAGAGGGAUCUCCGACUCUACCCGAGGAUUACACCUAUCCUAGCAUGGACGCUCUGGCGUCUCAGAUCGACUUCGUCUUGGGUCAUUUUGGUAUACGAUCUUUCAUCGGUUUCGGAGUGGGUGCCGGAGCGAACAUAUUAUCGCGUUAUGCCAUCAUCAACCCCCAAAAAGUAGAUGCUUUAGUGCUCAUUAACUGCACCUCUACCCAAGCGGGAUGGACCGAGUGGCUGUACCAAAAAAUUAAUACAAGACAACUGCGCGCUAACGGAAUGACUCAAGGCGCGCUGGACUACCUGAUGUGGCACCACUUCGGUCGAAGCACGGAGGAUCGCAACCAUGACCUCGCUCAAGUAUACAAAGAUUGCUUUUCUCAUGUGAACCCUGUCAAUUUGUCAUUGUUCAUCGACAGCUACUUACGGCGCACGGACCUGAGUAUAGCGCGCGAUUCAAACACACUGAAGGUGCCAGUUCUGAAUGUGACCGGCGCUUUGUCGCCUCACGUCGAUGAUACGGUGACGUUUAACGGGCGACUAGAUCCCGCUAAGACGUCGUGGUUAAGCAUUUCCGAUAGUGGAAUGGUAUUGGAAGAGCAGCCAAGUAAGAUAGCUGAGGCGUUCAAGUUGUUUCUCCAGGGCGAAGGGUACUUGAGGUAGUCGCGUAUCUGAAGACGACAUUCCGAGCGCAGCGUUGCUACUACUAGAAUGCACAUGUUGCUUUCACGCAAGCUUUAAAUACAAUAGUCACGUUACACGUUGAAGACGUAGGGCCAUGAAGUUUCUUGUUUAUAGAUGUGAAAUAAAAUUUUAUUUUACUGCUUA